AUGCUCAAAGAGCUCAGAGCAGUUGGGUUCUCCCGUCGGGUCUCCUCAAGGCUCUUCUGGCCUGACUCGAGCCAUGACAGUGAUAAUUCAUCUUCCUGGGUUGUUCAAAAGGGAAAAGGUCUAGAUGGCUGGGGAAAAAGGCUUAUCAUAUCAGACAGAGCUCAUAAUGUAUUUGAUUUUCACCAAGCAGCUGAUGAUAUCCAGGGACAGCAGAGACAAGAACAAGCAGGAAAAAAUUUGGGUACCACAAAAAAGGGCAUCGGUCCAGUGUAUUCCUCCAUAGCUGCAUGGAGUGGACUUUGGAUGUGUGAUCUUGUCUCUGACUUUGAUGGCUUCUCUGAGAGGUUCAAAGUUCUAGCUAACCAGUACAAAUCUAUAUACCCUACUUUGGAAAUAGACAUUGAAGGUGAAUUACAUAAACUUAAGGGUUAUAUGGAAAGGAUUAAACCGAUGGUGAGAGAUGGAGUUUAUUUCCUAUAUGAGGCCCUCCAUGGACCACCCAAGAAAAUCUUGGUAGAAGGUGCAAACGCAGCAUUGUUAGAUAUUGACUUUGGAACUUACCCUUUUGUGACCUCUUCAAACUGUACUGUUGGAGGUGUUUGUACAGGUUUGGGUAUGCCCCCUCAAAAUGUUGGAGAAGUAUAUGGAGUUGUAAAAGCUUAUACCACUAGAGUUGGUAUUGGUGCCUUCCCCACAGACCAAGACAAUGAAAUUGGAGAAUUAUUACAAAUAAGGGGUAGAGAAUUUGGAGUAACUACUGGGAGGAAAAGAAGAUGCGGCUGGUUGGACCUUGUGUUACUCAAAUAUGCUCAUAUAAUCAAUGGAUUUACUGCAUUGGCCCUUACCAAGUUGGACAUUUUGGAUAUGUUUACAGAAAUCAAAGUUGGUGUUGUUUACAAAUUAGAUGGGGAAAUCAUACCUCAUUUCCCAGCAAACCAAGAAGUCUUAAAUAAAGUGGAAGUUCAGUGUAAGUCUUUCCCGGGAUAGAACACAGACAUAUCUAAUGCAAGGACAUUUAAGGAGCUACCUGUCAAUGCACAAAAUUAUGUUCGGUUUAUUGAAGAUGAGCUUCAAAUACCAGUUAAGUGGAUUGGUGUAGGUAAAUCCAGAGAGUCCAUGAUUCAGCUCUUCUGAGGACUAC